CGGCCCGGCCCUCCACGUCGGUGACGUCACGCGACGUGGGGUUGCGCCCCUGCGCCGCGCUGCGUGCGUGGUGCGUGCGUCGAGGUGACGGAGCGGGCCGGACGCGUCCCUUUGUUGGCUCAGCGGCGCCUGUGAGGAGCAGGGGCGGCGGGUGUUUGGGAUCGGUCCGCCGAAGGGAGGCGGCAGGCCGGAGCCUUCGAGUCCCCGGCCCGCUGGGGCCGGCCCCGCUCCCCUCCGCUCCCGCCGCCAUGGACUCGGACGAGGGCUACAACUACGAGUUCGACGAGGACGAGGAGUGCAGCGAGGACAGCGGCGCUGAGGAGGACGAGGACGAGCCCGACGAGGAAGACGAGCCCGACCUGGAGCUGGGCGAGGUGGAGCUGGUGGAGCCCGGGCUGGGCGUGGGCGGCGAGCGCGACGGGCUGCUCUGCGGCGAGACCGGCGGCCUGGGGCCUGGCGGAGGCGGAGGCCUGGGCGGCAGCGGCCUGGGCGGGCCGGGCCCCGGCGGCGGCGGGCUGGGCCACGAGCAGGAGGAGGACUACCGCUACGAGGUGCUGACGGCCGAGCAGAUCCUGCAGCACAUGGUGGAGUGCAUCCGCGAGGUCAACGAGGUCAUCCAGAAUCCAGCAACUAUCACCAGGAUACUUCUUAGUCACUUCAACUGGGAUAAAGAAAAGUUAAUGGAGAGGUACUUCGAUGGCAACCUGGAGAAGCUGUUUGCAGAAUGCCAUGUAAUUAAUCCUAGUAAAAAGUCUCGAACACGUCAGAUGAACACAAGGUCAUCUGCACAGGACAUGCCUUGCCAGAUCUGCUAUCUGAAUUAUCCUAAUUCUUACUUCACUGGCUUGGAGUGUGGACAUAAGUUUUGUAUGCAGUGCUGGAGUGAAUAUUUAACUACCAAAAUAAUGGAGGAAGGCAUGGGACAGACAAUUUCAUGCCCUGCUCACGGCUGUGAUAUCUUGGUUGAUGACAAUACAGUUAUGCGCCUGAUCACAGACUCAAAAGUUAAAUUAAAGUACCAGCAUUUAAUAACCAAUAGUUUUGUAGAGUGCAAUCGACUGUUAAAAUGGUGUCCUGCUCCAGAUUGCCACCAUGUUGUAAAAGUACAAUAUCCUGAUGCUAAGCCUGUUCGCUGUAAAUGUGGCCGUCAGUUUUGCUUUAACUGUGGUGAAAACUGGCAUGAUCCUGUUAAGUGCAAGUGGUUAAAGAAGUGGAUUAAGAAGUGUGAUGACGACAGUGAAACAUCUAACUGGAUUGCUGCAAACACAAAGGAAUGCCCUAAAUGCCAUGUGACCAUAGAAAAGGAUGGAGGCUGCAACCACAUGGUCUGUCGGAACCAGAAUUGUAAAGCAGAGUUUUGCUGGGUGUGUCUUGGCCCUUGGGAGCCUCAUGGAUCUGCCUGGUACAACUGUAAUCGCUACAAUGAGGAUGAUGCAAAGGCAGCAAGAGAUGCCCAAGAGGAAUUAACACAGCGAUCCAGAGCAGCCCUGCAGAGGUACCUCUUCUACUGCAAUCGCUACAUGAACCAUAUGCAGAGCCUGCGCUUUGAGCACAAACUCUAUGCCCAAGUCAAGCAGAAGAUGGAGGAGAUGCAGCAGCACAACAUGUCAUGGAUCGAAGUCCAGUUCCUGAAGAAAGCAGUUGAUGUCCUUUGCCAGUGUCGUGCCACACUCAUGUACACAUACGUCUUUGCCUUCUACCUCAAAAAGAAUAAUCAGUCCAUUAUCUUUGAGAAUAAUCAAGCAGAUCUGGAAAACGCUACCGAGGUCCUUUCUGGGUAUCUGGAACGAGAUAUAUCCCAAGAUUCACUGCAAGACAUAAAGCAGAAAGUGCAAGAUAAGUACAGAUACUGCGAGAGUCGACGAAAGGUUUUGUUGCAGCAUGUGCAUGAAGGCUACGAGAAGGACCUGUGGGAAUAUAUUGAGGACUGAGUCUGGCCCGCAUAAAGCGAACUCUGAAAAACCUUUUACCAUCUAGAGUGCUCAUGCAAUUAAAGCAAAACACACACAAAAAAGGGGCACUACGCCUAUUACACCGCUGGUCUGUAGUACCGGAAUUCUGUUUUUGUUAAUGGAAAAUUUAAGUAAAUUAUAUUGUAAUAAAAAAGGUAGAUAAACCAUUGUACAACAGUAUUCUAGGUGGCCAGUAAGUGUGACAGACGCACUAAAACAAAAACAAAAAACCCCUCCAACUUUAACUUGUAACGUAGCUUCAUUCUCCAAGCUGACUUUUUUCCUUUCUCCUAUGCGUAUUACAGAUGAAAUUUAAAACAGUUUCUUGACACUGCUUUUCAUGUCCAACCAGCCAUUUUGAUGUACUUUGGUAUGGGAUUUCCACCCCCCCUGCUCCCGCCCCUCCCUGCUCCCCUCACACACGCACCAGUUCAUGGGUCAAUGUUUGGCUUAUUGAAAAGAGGAUUUGCGGGGGAGGGGACACACAGCAAGGAAAAACUUUGUAUAUGACUUUUAAAACAAAGAGGACAACACAGUAUUUUUCAAAAUUGUAAAUAGCGCAUAUGCAUGGACAAAGAGCAAGCGUGGCACGUGUUUGCAUAAUGUUUAAUUACAAAAAUAUUUAUUCUUUAAAAAUCUUCAAGAUUAUGUCUAUUUGCUGUGCAUUUUCUUUCAGUUUGCUUUUUACCUGGGAUUGGGAUGGGGGCAGUGUGUGCUGCUGUAAUGACUCUCCUCUCUUUUUCUUUCGAUCUCUCUCCAAAGUGUUGAGAGAAAUUGGUUCCUCCUCUUCCUCCUGCAGCUCCUUUGCAACUAUUCCAUGGUUUGGGUGUGUUCAUUGCUGGCAAAGGACACCGUCCCACUCACACUUCCAGCUUCUGAUGCAAACUGGUUGCCCUGGUGUGCGUUAUGUUUGGAAAUGAAAGUGUAGUGAUUCUGGCUGCUUUGUCUCUGCUCAGAAUAUCAUCCCUCUUGAUCAUCUUUGCCAUUUCCGCGCACGUCAGACGUCCACCCUGCACCUGGCUCUCAUAGUCAUUCAUAGGAAGUGUUAGGAAUUUUCUCUGUGGAUUCGGUACUCAAAUGGAACAUUCCUGUUGCUUGUUUUGUCAGUUGUGUGACCCUGAGAACAAAAGAUUGAGCUGCUGUGGGUAACAUUUUGGUGGUUGUCGGGAAAAGUGCCUGAGAAAGCAAACGCUCCAUCCAGUUGCAGAGGUGUGCAGUCUCUGGAGUCAUUGGGUAUUUCCCCCCAAUGGAAAGAAAGGAUUUCAGCUGUACAGUGUCACUUAUAGUCUAAUCCACUGCAUGAGGAGAUCCAUUUUGUGGCAUUUUCCCACCGUGACAGGAACCUGAGAGAUUUCACAGAUCUUGUCCAGCUAGUUCCGUAUACCCAAUGGUGCUUUGGAUCGUGUGGUUGGAAGAGCAGCGCGCCCCACCCCAUGCAGCCUAGCAAACAGUUUUUUAAAAAACUGAAGGGAAUUGCAGAAAGCUUGUGGUAUGUUUAUGUGAGUGUGUGCUGUUUGAGAGGGUUUCAAAAAAAAUCCACUGGAUGAGCACAAGCCUCACUAAGGGGCUAGGCUAGUGUUGAAAUGGCAUGAUGAGAAGUGAAGCUUUGCAUCUGUUCACACUUAAAACUUUUGUGUGACAGGGCUCAUUUGCUUGCCUUUUUUUUUAGCUCACCCACAACUUCCUGGAAGCAGAAUGAGCAAUAUGCCUGUUGUGUGGCGAGGGUGUUGAGUUCUCCCUUUAGCAAGGCGGUAGUAGGAGAGGAGUUGUCACCUUCGGAGAGGGUGUGGAUAUUUAUGCAGAUAAUGAUGCUCUACUAAGCUAGGUAUGGUGUGGCUGCUGCUUGGAUGGGUCUUAGAAGGCUUUCUGCUGUGGGUCCUGCUAUGCCUUUGCACACUGCCGCACAUGACUGAUAGGAAAUGUCUAACCCUGUUAAGAGGUUUCCCCAACGUUCUUUAAAAUCCAGCCUUUAUCUAAAAGAGCACCUUCUCUUGGAAAUUGGAUUGAUGGAACCAGUGGUCAUGCAGUGUUGGGUGAAUGAGUCAGCCUUGUGUCUUCAUGCUUCCAGCAUCUUUUGUUCGUUUGUUUUCUGAACACCUUGCUCUUGCCACUCCUUUCCCCCAAUGAAAUUAAAAGAAGAAAAAUCCAAACUAGGUAUGAAUGUGCUGUGUCUUCUGCUCCUGAGGAUCACACACCUAAUUUUAGAAAAUUUUCUCAAAUGCUGUGGACUUUGGAAUGAGAUUACGUAAACAGAAGCUCUUACAAAGACUUGCUCAUCAGUCCUAGACAGCUUUUUCCUCCUCUGUCCUUUUACACAGAGUCUUUUUUUCUCCAAAAGCAAAUUCUUGGCAAUGAAGAUGCUACUCUCAAGCUUUGGUUGGUGCAUUAUACGAAAUAAUGGUUUGUAUUGACUUUAUCAUGGUCUGAUUGAGAGAAGGCCUCUAGCCGUACGAAAAAGGAGAGCAAAGCGCGAAUGCUGGUCUGUAUUUAGUGCCCCGUCCCCACUCACCCAUUCCACUUAAUUCACUGCAGCUGUUUUGGUUUUUGUAGUGUAUGUAUCAGUCUUAAUUUUUCAAAACCAUUUAACCCUGAAAUGUUUUAGUGCAACUGCUGUAUUAGAAAUCAGUUAUUGCGUGAGACAAGACCAGAGCUCUUGGGAGAAUCUUUCAGUGUACAGGAUCCUAUUAUCCAGCUUGGGGGUGGUGGUGGUGGUUGUGAUGGGGGUGGUGGUGGUGGUAAGACAAUCUGCCUGAGCUGGCUGAAGAUUCGUAAUCUAAUUUUCCAUCUAGAGAACACCUCAUGCUGUGGAAAUAACUGUUCUUAGACUUCAUUGUAACUGCUGGACUGUUCCGUGUUAAGGCUAAACAGAGGGAGAGAAAGCGUUCCUAAUUCUAAUAAACUUUUAUUUUGUUAUUUCA